ACACACACACACUUUGGUUAAUGAUAAGAAACGGCGUCACUUCACUUAGUCUGUUGGAAGUUGAAGUUGAAGCUCCUUUUCUACACAGACCUGCUGAGGACAGAUAAGAGCUGCACACUGAUGAAGUUCAUGGCUGAAAGUUAAGUUGUUAAAGAGGAGCUGAGCAGGAGAGAUGACAUUUUAAAACAUGUUUCCUCAUGUGCUUCGAGUCUUCGCUGGAAAAACAACUCAAGUCCAAAUUAAACACUAUAGCCCAGAGAAGCAGCACAGACCUGGACCUGGACCUGGACCUGGACCCGGACACAAACCAGGACCUGGACUUGGACCUGGACCAGGCUGGUUAAAGGAUGAUGGUGUUAAUUUUAAACCACAAGACAAAAAGAUCCAUCAGAGACCUGAUCCCAGCUAUGUGUCCAUGAAGAGUGACGAGUCUAUGGGUCCUCCUUUAAAGUCUGAAGAUGGAUGCCACUCUGUUGAUCAAAGGAGGAAGCUGGAAGAACCUGAACCCAGCUGUGUGUCCAUGAAGAGUGACUGGUCUAUGGGUCAUCCUUAUAAAUUCAAAGAUGGACGCCACUCUGUUGAUCAAAGAGUGGACCAGGAGAGCCCAGAAAUUCCCAGUGGUCAGUCUACCCAGCAGCAUCAGACACACCUGGACUCCAUAUUUAUGCUGCUGGAGGAGGACAUCUGCACUUUUGUGAAGACUGAGCUGAAAAAGAUCCAGAAGGUACUGAGUCCAGAUUACCCAGAAUGCUUAGAGAGUCAGAGGGAGGAUGUGGAUGGUAAGGAUGAAGAGCAGAAGAGGAGCAGCAUAGAGGCAUUUCUAAAGAUCACACUGCACUUCCUGAGGAGAAUGAAGCAGGAGGAGCUGGCUGACCUUCUGCAGAGCAGAAGUUAUUGUGGAGUUUGUAAGCGUACACUCAAAUCUAACCAGCAGAAGAAGUUCCAGUGUGUGUUUGAGGGGAUUGCUAAAGCAGGAAACCCAACCCUUCUGAAUCAGAUGUUCACAGAGAUCUACAUCACAGAGGGAGGAACUGCAGAGGUCAAUGAUGAACAUGAGGUCAGACAGAUUGAAACAGCAUCCAGGAAACCAGACGGACCAGAAACAAGAAUCAGACGAGAAGACAUCUUUAAAACCCCACGUGGAAGAGAUGAACCAAUCAGAACAGUGAUGACAAAGGGAGUGGCUGGCAUCGGGAAAACAGUCUUAACACAGAAGUUCACUCUGGACUGGGCUGAAGACAAAGCCAACCAGGACAUCCAGUUCACAUUUCCGUUCACUUUCAGAGAGCUGAAUGUGCUGAAAGAGAAAAAGUACAGCUUGGUGGAACUUGUUGAUCGCUUCUUUAGUGAAACCAAAGAAGCAGGAAUCUGCAGGUUUGAAGAGGUCGUGUUCAUCUUUGAUGGUCUGGAUGAGUGUCGACUUCCUCUGGACUUCCACAACACUGAGAUCCUGACUGAUGUUACAGAGUCCACCUCAGUGGAUGUGCUGCUGACAAACCUCAUCAGGGGGAAACUGCUUCCCUCUGCUCGCGUCUGGAUAACCACACGACCUGCAGCAGCCAAUCAGAUCCCUCCUGAGUGUGUUGACAUGGUGACAGAGGUCAGAGGGUUCACUGACACACAGAAGGAGGAGUACUUCAGGAAGAGAUUCAGAGAUGAGGCGCAGGCCAGCAGAAUCAUCUCCCACAUCAAGACAUCACGAAGCCUCCACAUCAUGUGCCACAUCCCAGUCUUCUGCUGGAUCACUGCUACAGUUCUGGAGGAUGUGUUGAAGACCAGAGAGGGAGGAGAGCUGCCCAAGACCCUGACUGAGAUGUACAUCCACUUCCUGGUAGUUCAGUCCAAAAUGAAGAACAUCAAGUAUGAUGGAGGAGCUGAGACAGAUCCACACUGGAGUCCAGAGAGCAGGAAGAUGAUCGAGUCUCUGGGAAAACUGGCUUUUGAGCAGCUGCAGAAAGGCAACCUGAUCUUCUAUGAAUCAGACCUGACAGAGUGUGGCAUUAAUAUCAGAGCAGCCUCAGUAUACUCAGGAGUGUUCACACAGAUCUUUAAAGAGGAGAGAGGACUGUACCAGGACAAGGUGUUCUGCUUCAUCCAUCUGAGUGUUCAGGAGUUUCUGGCUGCUGUUCAUGUCCAUCUGACAUUCAUCAACUCUGGAGUCAACCUGCUGGCAGAAGAACAAACAACAUCCCGCUGGGGGUUUCUAUUUAGAAAACAACCUGAAUCAUCACAGUUGUACCAGAGUGCUGUGGACAAGGCCUUACAGAGUCCAAAUGGACACCUGGACUUGUUUCUCCGCUUUCUCCUGGGCCUUUCACUGCAGACCAAUCAGACUCUCCUACGAGGUCUGAUGACACAGACAGGAAGUAGCUCACAGACCAAUCUGAAAACAGUCGAGUACAUCAAGAAGAAGAUCAGUGAGAAUCUGUCUGUAGAGAGAAGCAUCAAUCUGUUCCACUGUCUGAAUGAACUAAAUGAUUGUUCUCUAGUGGAGCAGAUCCAACAGUCCCUGAGUUCAGGAAGUCUCUCCGCAGGUAAACUGUCUCCUGCUCAGUGUUCAGCUCUGGUCUUCAUCUUACUGUCAUCAGAAGAAGAUCUGGACGUGUUUGACCUGAAAAAAUACUCUGCUUCAGAGGAGGCUCUUCUGAGGCUGCUGCCAGUGGUGAAAGCCUCCAACAGAGCUCUACUGAGUGUCUGUAACCUGUCAGAGAGAAGCUGUGAAGCUCUGUCCUCAGUUCUCAGCUCCCAGUCCUCCAGUCUGAGAGAGCUUGACCUGAGUAACAACCACCUGCAGGAUUCAGGAGUGAAGCACCUGUCGGCUGGACUGAAGAUUCCACACUGCAGACUGGAAACUCUCAGACUGAGUGGCUGUAAGCUGUCAGAGAGAAGCUGUGAAGCUCUGUCCUCAGUUCUCAGCUGCCAGUCCUCUAGUCUAAGAGAGCUGGACCUUAGUAACAACGAGCUGCAGGAUUCAGGAGUGAAGCAGCUGUCGGUUGGACUGAAGAGUCCACACUGCAGACUGGAAACUCUCAGACUGAGUGGCUGUAAGCUGUCAAAGAGAAAUUGUGAAGCCCUGUCCUCAGUUCUCAGCUCCCAGUCCUCUUGUCUGAGAGAGCUGGACCUAAGUAACAACGAGCUGCAGGAUUCAGGAGUGAAGCAGCUGUCGGCUGGACUGAAGAGUCCACACUGCAGGCUCGAAACUCUCAGUCUAUCAGGCUGUCUGGUUUCAGAGGAAGGCUGUACUUCUCUGGCCUCAGCUCUGAGGUCCAACCCCUCCCAUCUGAGAGUGCUGGACCUGAGCUACAAUCAUCCAAGAGACUCAGGAGUGAAGCUGCUGUCAGCUGGACUUAAGGAUACAAACUGGAGACUGGACACUCUCAGGACGGACCAUGGUGGACUGCAGAGACUGACACCUGGUGUGAGGAAGUAUGUCUGUGAACUGGAACUGGACACAAACACAGUACACAGAUACCUUAAACUGUCUGACAACAACAGGAAGGUGACGUAUGUGGGAGAGGAUCAGUCAUAUCCUGAUCAUCCAGACAGGUUUGACUUCUGGUAUCAGCUGCUGUGUAGAAAUGGUCUGACUGGUCGAUGUUACUGGGAGGUCGAGAGGAAAGGAGACAUUUAUAUAUCAAUGAGUUACAGAGGAAUCAGAAGAAGAGGAGACAGUGAAGACUGUGUGUUUGGAGGGAAUGAUCAGUCCUGGAGUCUGAUCUGCUCUGACGAUGUUGGUUACUAUGUCUGUCACAAAAAGAGAAGAACAGCCCUCACUUCCUCCUCUGUCUCUAACAGAGUAGCAGUGUAUGUGGACUGUCCUGCUGGCACUCUGUCCUUCUACACAGUCUCCUCUGACUCACUGAUCCACCUCCACACCUUCAACACCACAUUCACUCAACCUCUUUAUCAUGGGUUUAGGGUCUGGUCUGGUUCCUCAGCGUCUCUGUGUCCUGUGCACGACUGAGAGUCUCUAACCUGACUCCGCCAGAUGGAUUGCUUCGCAUUUGCUCGGCAUGUCCAUCUUGGAACUUUCCUUUGGAGAACUUUUGGGAAGGGGCGAAAAUACUGGUUAGCUGAUUGGAUAAACCAGCUAGAGAGUCUCUACUGUGGACAGAAACACUGAUUGAAGAUCAGCUGCUGAAAUCAAAGUUCAGUCUGUUCACCAUCACACACACUACAGACCAAACCUGAAUAAUUUGUGCCAAUAAAUUAUGUCAAUAAACACAUUCAAGCCCAUCUAUCUCUAUGCUCCUUUUCACACCGAAUCCGAAACUUUCACUUCGUCUUCCAUAACUGUUUAGGUUUCUGCAGAUUUUGGAUGCCGAGCCAACUGAUAAAAUUACUUUUGUUUAAUGCAAUCAAUAGAUUUUCUCAGAUGUCAAUCUCUGUUCAUACUGUCACACAACAACGUGGGUAUUGAUCCAUUAGAUCUCACAGCAUAGUGUCCUCUUUGACAAACAAAAUAAAGAUUAUAAAGACAACAUCUGGGGAAUUACAGCAACUGUCUGUCUGCACUUUAUGAAUUACUUUUUACUUAUACUUAACUUUGUUUUGUGUUAUUGAGUUUUUAAUAUGUAUUAUCUUGUAUGUUUUUAUGUAAAGCACAUUAUGAUUCUAUCGGUGAAAAGUGUUCUUUAAAUAAAGCUAUGCUGAAUUAAUCAGAAAUCAGCAACGAUUCAUAUAUUCAUGUUUAACAUUUUUUUUGUAAUUUGUCCAUCCCCUUUAUAUGUUUCUAACACUGAAGUAUAUGUUGCCAUGUUUUGCUGGCUGUACUCUGCAUUUUGCUUGAUUGAAGAUGGGGGCCUAAGUGCUGCAUUUUGUACCAUGUGUUGUGUAUUGGGUUUGUGGCGUUAUGUCCCUGGAGACAAGGGUGAGCAUAUCAUGCUCUCACCUAUACACACCUGCAAGCUAGAAUCACUCUGAUGUUCCCUUUGUGUCACUACACCCUGAGGAAGGCUCAAGCCGACACGCGUUGGUGUAUUUUUUAUGUUUUGCCCUAUUUAAUAAAGGUCUUUUGAUCACUUUUUGUAACCAA